AACAUAAUUCGAUACCAUCGACUCGAUAGUAUCGAAAAAAAUUUUCUGUUUUGUUUUUUGAGAGAAAAUUUUUCCAAUUUAAUCCAUUUAAUUGUUUACACAUUUUCCUUCAAUCUUCUUAAUUAGUUUUCUCUUUUGUUUAUUAAUUGUGCCUUUUUAAUUAUCGUUUGUCAUCAUGUUAAAGCCGAAAACUUUGAGUAGUAUUUUAGGACAAGCAAAUACCGGAGGAGUUCAAUGUACAUUAUUGUUGAAUCGUGAGGGUAGUCUUCUUGCUUAUUCAGGGUAUGGUGACACUGAUGCUCGGAUGACAGCAGCAAUUGCCUCCAGUAUUUGGAUUUCAUAUGAGAAAUAUGGUAAACUGGCAGCGAGUGAAGAUGAUUUAAAUUGUCUUUUACUUCAGUGUGAGGACGGCAAUGUAAUCGUUAAACGAGUGGCCAAUGUUUUACUUUGUAUGCACGCUAAAAGCUUCGUCCCCUUAGGUACCUUAAAGGCCAAAGUAACCGCUUUGUCCGAUCAUCUGGAUGAACCAAUUAGGAUGAUUACUUUAUAAAAAAAAAUCAUAUUCCAGUCUAUCUACUAUAUACAUAAAUUUUCUAAUCAAUUUUAAUUCAUUUAAUUUCUUCCCAAUUCUCCGUUGUAAUAAUUUCCAAAUCAAAAUGCUCGAUUUCCCCACUGAACGUAUUAUCUUUACCUCCACCGAAACCUUAAUUGCAACUUAACCAUUUAUAUUGAAAAUCUCCAAUUGAUACACAACAGAAUAAAUAAAAAGACACAAAUUCACAUAA